AAAACAAUUUUUUACUAUAUAUACUCGCAAUAAUGAAAUUUUAAAGUACACUUGAGUUUUGUCUUUUAUUCAUUACUCCCUUGAUUUGAAACAUUUAGGGAGCCAAAUUUUUCAAUCAUGAUGAUCUUCCGACCAAUCUUACUCGUAGGAUGUUUAUGUAUGUUUGUACAAGGAGACAAUGGUAACAAUGACUACAGAGAACCAAGACCAAUCCAAUGGACAGGUGGUUCAUACGAAUGGCCAUGUUCAUCAACCAAAUCAAUCUUCAAAUCAUCAGGCAGAUACAUCAGUAAAAAUGUAAUCGCAACACGUGCACAAAUCUACCGUGAUGAUGUCAUUGUUGCAUUACCACGAUACCGUCCAGGUGUACCAGCAACCUUAGCCAAAACUUCAUUACGUGGCCGUGGAUGCCAAGCAACAUUAACACCAUUCCCAUGCUGGUCAUUACAAGAAGAAGGAAACUGCCAAGCAUUACAAUCUGUUGUAGAUAUCUUUUUGGAUAACCAAGAUAUCUUAUGGGUGUUGGAUAUUGGUGUUGUUAACAGUUUGGAAAAUCCAAUCAGAAGAUGUCCACCAAAGGUUGUUGCAUUAUCAGUGAAAACAGGCAAAGUUGUUAAAAUCUUAGAAUUGAGCGGUUUAGUAUGUGCUGCAUCACGUCUCCAAUACUUGGUUGUUGACUACGCUCCAGAUGGUCGUUGUUAUGUAUAUGUCAGUGAUGCCGCUACCAGAGCUAUCCUUGUAUACGAUGUUGCUGCCGGUAAAGGAUACCGUGUUGUCUUACCAAAAGCCAUCACAGCUGGAUGCACCCGUCGUGAUGUUUUAUACUUGGCUCUUGUACGCAAAGCAUGUGGAAGCAAUGUUCUCUACUUCACUUACUUAUCAUCUAAACGAUUAUUCUCAAUCCGUACUGAAUUCUUGCGACGUGGAUCAGCACAAGGACGUGUACAAGAUGCUGGACCAAAACCAGCAAUCAUCGUUAUCUUGGGUACAGAUAAUGGCUCAGCAAUCUUCUUCCGUUAUGAAGGACAACCAGAAGUAUACCGAUGGGAUACAAACACACAAUUCAAACAGGAUAACUUCUUACCAGUAUACCGAUCAUCCACAUGUCAAUUGGCUACACAUGCUUUGGCUGACUACAAACGUGGACGUAUGCGUGUUUUGGAAAGUAACUUCCCUGAUUACAUUCAAGGUACUGUUGGAUGUGGUGCUGUUCAACAAUUAUCUGUUUUACAAGGAUGUUUCUAAGAAAUUGUAUUAAUUAAAUCACGUACCAUCUCGUUUUUUGUUAUUGUUGUUAUCAAUG